CACGUCGUCGCUUCAGUGUGAUAAUCGAUGGUAUCGAACGUUUUCCGCUUCUCGAGUCCUUGAGUGUGUUUAUUAGAAUAAAAUAAUAUAUACGCUACGAUUAUUCAACACUGCGUACGCCUUUAUUUAGUGCGGACUCGUUGCGAAUUCGGGCUCUGUGCUGUCCUUGCGACCGUCUAAAUAUCGGCCCCCAUGAUUUAUCUGGACGACGGUAACGCAUACGAAGCCACCUAUCCGUUGCAGAUACCGCCAUGGACGUAUCUCGGUGACCGACGUAAGCAAUAGGCGUCAAUCCCGUUGUAUCACUGUUAGAUGACACUUUUGAUUGGAUAAACUAUGCCUUUGCCAAAACGUGUUGUCGAACCAGUGCAUGUGACGCGCAACACGGUUUCACAGGCAGGAAGUUACGGCCCAACGUGUUCUGUGCCCAAUGAACUUGAAGCUGUUACAAAUGGCACCCUCGCCAACACUGUUCGACAGUUGUCCAGUUUAUCAAAACAGGCUGAAGAUAUGUUUGGAGAACUCGUUCGCGAAGCUCAUACACUCACUGUACGGGUCAACUCGUUACAAAUUAGGUUAGAUAGAUUGUCAGUCAACACAAAACAGCUGGAUAGUACUGGCGAAGAAGUUUCGCUUCAAGACAUUCAUAUGAGAAAAGCUUUCAAGAGUGCUAUUGUUUUUGAUCAACAAGUAGUUUCAAGAGAUACAAUGCCGGCGCCAAUGCUUGAAAUGUAUUCUCAAUGCGAUAAACCUCCGCCGCUUUAUAAACUCAACCCGUACAGAGAGGACGGUAAAGACGGAAUGAAAUUCUAUACAGACCCGGAUUACUUCUUCAAUUUAUGGAGAUUAGAAAUGCUUAAAGAUACGGAAAAAAUGAUGCACGAUCGUGGCAAAAAGCCUCACAGACCAAAAGCUGAAGGUGGCGGCGGUCGUCAUAAAAAGAGGGUACGACAACCUUAUAGUACACGUGAACGACAAAGACAGCUCGCUACUCAGCAUGGAGAGUACAUCAUGCCACAAGAUAAUUCUCAUUACAGAGCUCCUCAUCAGCCUUACGACUAUACUGAAGAUAGCACAAUGAUGUUGGGCGUGUCAAUAAAUGAACGACCGUCUCGACCAAAUAGCAUCGAAUUACGUAGGUCCUACGGUUCUGAACAGCCGCAAAGCCACAAUGUAGGAAAUAAUAUAGUCGACGGACGCAUUUAUAGUCCACCUCCUAUGAAUAUUAUUGAAAGCAACAAUUACGCUGCUCCGCUUAGUAAUAAUGUGAUGUAUGACGAAACGGCCGGGUACAAUCAUCAAGCGCAACAAAACAAUUAUCAGUACUCCGGCAGUAUGGGUGAAGUAUUAAGUCCGUUGGGUACACCUAGUCGAGGAGGAAGAAUUAGACCGACUCAACCGCCGCCUGCUCCACCUAGCAAUACUAAUUCUAAUAACAGCACCCCUACUGUAUCAUCAGCAAGUACUCCAACACGUGGUCGCAGUUUGAGUUCAAAUCGAGAAACGUUGCCUCCUCCGCCACCUCCUCCAGUCGAGAACAAUUUAGCUUGCACGGAGCCUUUACCUCCACCGCCCCCUCCAGUAUCAAUUAGUCCACCUAUUCCUUCAGCUAACAUUCCACCUCCUCCACCAUUACCACCGAUGCCAGAUCUUCCGGCAUCUAUGGGCAACGGCGAUAUCAAAUCUCCACCUAAACAAAAAUCUCCUUCCAAUCACGUUAUUCAAUCGAAACCGCUAAUACUUCCUGCUGAACAUAACAAUGUGAGGCAGAUAAACGGUGUCAUAAACGAGGCAAACUCGACUGUGACUAACAUCACUAGUGGUACGGUUAACGCGUUGAGAAAAACCGCUGGACCCAGCCAUGUGCCUCAUUAUGAUCCGAGGAGCGACUUGCUCAAAGCUAUUCGAGACGGUGUCGAAUUAAGGAAAGUCGAAAAAAUUAAACAGAAAGAAGGUGAAAGAAGUAAUGCGUUGCAUGACGUUGCUUCUAUUUUGGCGCGCCGCGUGGCUGUAGAGAUAUCCGAUUCUGACUCUGCUUCCGGAAGUGAAUACGACAGCGACGGUUGGGCAGAAGAGACUUGUGCUUAGUUUGUUUAUCUUGUCCAAUAUUCCUUUUGAAUUCUAUAAGUUUUUAUGCAUUCCAAAGUUCCAAAUGUACUCUUACUUGUGCCUAACUAACAGUUGCUGUUUAAAUAGUUGACUUCAGUCUUAAUAUAACGCUCACUUUUUAUUGUCAUAAUGUUCAUUUACAGUCAUGUUUGACAAUAUGACUUCAGUCUAUGAAAAUCCGUAUAAUAUAGCUUUUUUUUUAUCAAUUGAUAUAAAAGUAAAACAAAUUAUCGCCCAAUAAAUUUUGUCUAAAACAAGCAAAUAAUUUAGUCAACAAAUGUUCAUUAUAGAUAUGUUAUGAUUAUUAUAAAAUUUACACUUGUUUUGCCUUGUUAAAAUUAUUAAUAUUAUAAUACUAAAAAUAUCUUCACAAAGAAAAACUACAAAUUUGAGCGUACAUAAAAAUAUUGAAGCAAGUUUAUCCCACGAGACAUAAUGUUUAUUUUUAAUAAUGCAAAAACUAUAGAGUAAAUUUAAUUGCAUUUUUUAUGAUGCAAUAAUGCAAUAAAAUGUUAUUGGAAAAUAUUUACUGAAACGAUAUUACAAUGAAAUUUAUUUAUAUUGCAAGAAUAGUAAAGUUGACUAAUUGUUAAUCGUUGUUUCUUAUCAAAAAUAAUAUUAAAAAUACAUUGUUGUCGGACUCGUAAAUAACUUGUUAGCAUUCCACGUUGGAACUAAAAUUUCAUCAUACAUUUUUUGUGCCGAUUAUAGAGCAAUAUUGUUUUUUUCCCUCAACAUAUCUAACUUUAUUUUGACUAAACCGUGUUUGACUGUAAUUAGAAAUAAGGAUGUUUCCGAUUAUAUUAAAAUAGUAAAGCUAAAACGCUCAAUUUGCUCAAAAUAGUUUCUCGUACAGGAAAUUGUUUAUCUUUAUACUGUCCAUAUAUUAAUAUCAAAAUCUAAUAUUCAUUAAGUAUAUUUAUUGUAGUCGACCAAACUAAAUUGGGUUGGAAUAUUUUGUUGAUUGUCGAUUGGAAAUUCCAAUAAUUCUUUAUUUAUACAUUAUUUUUUUAUUUAUUAUUAUAAAAUUACUAUUGUUUUUAAUUUUUUCAAAUUUUUCAAAUGUUACUAAAUUGUGUUAAAAUUAUGGCGAAUUUUGCGCCAAAUUUACUGUGCAACACAAGUAUGUUUCUUAUUUUUCUUCAAAUACUUUUGCUGCCGAUGUGUGCGUGUGAGUUUGUAUUAAACAUAGACGAGUUUAUAUAAACAUUUAUAAUAUUACAUUUAACCUGUAUAUCCUAUUUAUUUAUUUAUUUUUGUUUUUAUGAAUUUAAAUGUUUAUAUGUUAUUUAUCUUAAUAUUAUGUAUAAAACGUGUACACUAUGUAGCCUCUUAAUAGCAGAUAAAUAACAGCUAUUAUUUAUAAAUACUCUUAACAACGAAUGCAAAAUAAUAUUAGGUAUCGAAAUUCAAACGCUUAAGUGUAUAUUGUAAUAACCUUCUUAUAGUAAAAAAACAAAUUAUUAUAAUUAUAAAUCGUAAAUAUUUGUUCUAUAUUUUGUUUAUACUUGUAUUCAUAUAUUAUUAUUUUUUA